AAAACCCUAGCUUUUUACCGUCACAGAAAAGAGAGAGAGAGACGCAGAAGGCGACUCAACCGGAAAUCGAGCGACUCGCCGGAAAUCUUGCAAUCCCGUCAGAAAUCGAGCAACCCAGUCAGGAAUCAAGCAACCCAGUCGCUUCUUCUCACUCGAUUGAAACCGAAGAAGAAGAUGUUGCUUUUUCUGACGAAGGGUGUCAUCUUUUCAACCGUCUGAAAUCGGUAAGUUCGGGAGGUUCAACUGAAAGCGAAACCGAUAACCGAAGGAAGGAAGACAAGAACGAAGGAACGCAAGGUAUCUGGACCGAAGACGAACGAAGGAAAUGGAGUCUCGGUCGUCGAGUGAGGGAGAUUGUUCUACUGGCGCAGAUGCUUCUCCUGAAAAAUCAACGAAAGCUUCUCCUGAAACACAUAUGUAUGAUAUACCGAAAGCAGAAUUCUAUUAUGAAUUCGAUGACAUGAACAAGAUUGCGGUGAAGUUGUCAUCAAAAUGUUUUCAUAUAGAAGCAGUGGAAUAUUUGGAGAAGUAUUUGACUGAGGAGGAAAUGAGGUAUUUCACGGAAGAAUCGCCAUUUAGGCACAUAUUUCACAUGAAGAAGAAGCAGUCGCUGAAAAUGAGUGUAAUGGUUGCACUCAUUAAUCGGGCAGUGAAGACGAAGAAAGAUGAUGAGUUAUGGUUCGUCAUUAACGGCUGUCCUAUUAGAAGAGGUGGAGGUCGUGGACAAAAAUCAUGAGUUUGGUUUGAGGAAAUAUGACUUGAACUUGGUUUUAUCACAUGACUUGGACUUGGUUUUAUCAUAUUAUGGUAUUUUCUAUUUGAAGACAUUAUGUUGUUUUAUGUUAUGUUGUUUUGUAAAACAUUAUGUUAUUUUGGU